UUCGGAAUACUGGCCUACUACUUUACUCUUGGUGUUAUCGAUUGUCGAUUCCUACCAGCAGUAUUUCUAAUCUUGCAAAGAAUGUCAGUUUAACUCUCACUCCACUAGAAGCGGGAGAGAUGAUCGCCUCGAUAUGACAGAUAAACGGUAAAAACCUAGGUUCUGGAGUAAACCCGUCGUUAGUUAAUCCAAUUCCAAUUGGUAAAGAAGUUUCGAGUAAGAACAAAGGAAAUUUUACCUGAGAAAAAAAAAUUUGAAAAGUUAGGAAAUAUUCUUACUCGAAUGUACGUUUAAACCGAUUUUAAGAGAGCGUAAAAACGAUUAUUUUCAUCAGGAGCACUCUUGACAAAUUUGCGAAUAGUACGAAAGUUAGAGUUCCUAUAGGAAUUCCAUCAAUGCCUCCUUUUCUCCCUCUUUUCUUUUUUUUUUUUUACUAAUACCCUAGCCCUAGCCGUAGGCCCUAGAGCAUAAUUAUUUCCGAAGGCAUACUCUAGAAUUUUCACCAACUUGGUUGUUGCUCUCCCUAGAAAAUUUACGAAUAGCAAGUUGCUCCCUUCUCCCUUCCUCUUUUGUACUUUUACCCAAUACCUGAAAGCGUCAUUCAUAUCUGUAAUUUAAACGGACGAAUGCAGUAAGACUUACUAAUAACUUUCACAUUCCGGAGGCCCUCCAAGGACCUUGGCAACCGAAAAACCUAUAGCACGUGUUAUUACCUUUCAGUUAGUUUUCAGAAUGCACUAAGAAUGCAAUCGAAGAGAAAGACCGUCGAAUAUCUUAUCUUCAAAAAGGACCGUUUCUUUUAAGAGUACGCUUCACUCGUGGCUUCGGAGUCUCCUUGAACACUCCUGAGGCGUGAGAAUUGUACCUGGGCUGCUAUUGAAACGAGCGUCUGUUUAGAAAUAAAGGUGGAAUAGAUCGGUGUUUACAUUGCUCAUCGGUAUCCUGUCCGGUAUACAUGCGCGGUAGAAUACAGCAUGACCGGCAUUGCUCGUAGAUGAGCGUGCGACGGUGAACGUGUCGGUCGGGGGAGUGCGGUCCGUAACAGUAGCGGCAAAUUGAUGUGAUUUUUUUUACAAAUCCCGGGCGCGUCGUAGGCGAUAUCGAAUCGUAUCAAUUUGCCGUUAUCGUUAUCGCGCGAGCAGUAACCUUUUUUUUUUAAAUUAAUGUAAGAUAAACAAACCGUAUUGUGUUGAGUGAGACGCUUCGUUCGUAAAGUCUGAGUUUUGAGAUUUUUGUUUCCCCUUUCACCCUGCGCGCGUGCCCGCGCGAGGCAAUGAUCGUUCGCGACUCGGGCGUUUGUGAGAUGAGUGCCGCACAACUUGUACGGCAUCAGGAUCUCUAUGAAAUCGUCAUCACGAUAACGCGCAUAGCGGUGCAACGCUCGACGCGCCUUUACCGCGUGUGCAAUGUCACGUGGCGUGCCCAACUCUGCAGCCUCCCGCGAAGGGGCCUCCUGCAGAAGCUGCGCUACCUGAUCAAUCACCUGGACCUCAGGACGAUUGUCAAGUGCUUCAAUCGGGGAUUGUUCGCCGACGAUCCGGACAUCCUCUACAUCGGAUACAACGAGAUCGUGCGACGCGGCGUGCGCGACUCCCUAUACGUUGAGGCUGUAGUGAAGAAAUACGAGAACUUGCAAGGUAAGGAAGAAAUUUCUUUUCAUAACAUACAGGAGUUAAAAAAUGGAAUAAUAGUAAUUAAAAAAGCGCAAUGUGAUAUUCUAAUCUGGAAUUUAAGUCUGAAAUUGUUUCAUUAUAUUAUAAUUAUUUAA